UAUUAUAUAUUCAUCUAUUUUAUAUUUCAUUAUAUUUUGUUCAGUUUUGUUCCAUUUCACUCCAUUUUGUUCUGCUUUGUUAUAUUUGAGUAUCUUUGGCUUCCUUUUUGUUGUUCAUUUAUUUUCUCCCUAGACAGCAUCGCUAGGGUGCUGUGUAGGAUGUUUAGCAAGCGUAGUGAGGAGAGGUCCCUGCAUAGCCUUGAGGCCAGUUCCUCAUACAGGGAACUGCUGAAGGCUCAUUACCAGGUGCUGAAGACCAUCCGGAAGGGGGGCUUUGCCCCCGUCAGGUUGGCCAGGCACCUGCUCACGAACACCCUGGUGGCCGUGAAAGUCCUGGACAAGAGGGACAGUGAAUUCUUUCCCACCGAAGUGGAAAUCUUUAAGUCUGUGGACCACCCGAACAUCACCAAGCUGUACGAGGUGAUAGAGACAGAGGACUGGUUGUUCAUAGUGAUGGAGUACCUAGAGGGAGGAGACCUAUCGAACUACCUGAAAAAGGUGGAGAGGAUGAGGGAGGAGCAGGCCAGGCCGAUGUUUCAGCAGAUUUUGAGAGCGGUCAAAUACUGCCAUGACAACGGCAUUGCUCACAGGGACCUCAAGGCAGAAAAUAUCCUGCUGGACGGCAGGGGCCAAGUCAAGCUCUGUGACUUCGGCCUGAGUACGUGGUUCCUGCCCCAGCAGAAGCUGGAAGAGACAUGCGGGACUCUGGCCUACUGGGCCCCUGAGAUGUUCAACCAGCAGAGAUACCAGGGCCCCAAGGUGGACGUCUGGAGCCUGGGCGUGCUGCUCUACUAUAUGGUGAUGGGCGAUGUGCCCUAUCCAGGCACGUCAUGGAUUGAGGUGAAAAAGCAGGUGUUGGGUGGCAAGUUCCUACUUCGAAAAUGUUUUUCCCCAGAACUCCGGGGACUUUUGGCAUUUUUGAUGACAUUUGAACCUAAAAAGAGACCAACAGUGAGGCAAGUUAUGCACCACCCCUGGCUCAGAAAAAUUGCGGCAGCCUCAUCAAGCCCCAGCCAGACUCUACUGGACCAGCCAGACCCCGCCAUACUGAACAUCAUGAGUGUUUAUUUCGGAUUUGAGCCAGGGGAGGUGCGGGCAGCCCUAGAUGAGAAGAAGUUUAAUGCUGCUAUGGCAACCUAUCUAAUUCUCCAGGACCAACAAGAUGGAAGCAAAUACUUCAAGCGCCUGAUGAGGUGCCCGCUUCCUGGGCCUCCACCUUGCCCCUCACCUGCACACCCAUCCUACAAAAAUGCGCCAUUUAGGAGAGCUAGUGCUCCUGUGUGCCACCCUGCUGCUGGCCUGCCUGCUGAGCAGCAGGAGGAGGAGGGUGACAGGAAAGUCACCAGGUCUGUGUGCCUCCCUUGCCUCCUCCGCAACCCCUGCAUGACCUGCACAGAUUGGGAGACAGAGGGCAUCCAGCCUCCCCCUGCACUAGCAGCAGCAGCAGUGUGUCUCACCAUGGGUCAACCCAGUGAACAGACCUGCCCAGCACCUGAGGAAGAGAGGCAUGAGGGCAGCAGGGCUAAUUCUCGCCCCCUUGUCUUAUAUAACACCUGGACAGGGGACAUGAAGCGAGAGAGAGCCAUCAGCUCGGCUGCCCCAGGUCCUGAAGGAUCUGAUACCAGCUGGAAGGGCUCAGCAGAGGAGCAGGAGAGCAACAAGCUGCCCCCAGGUCCAGCAGCAAGAAAGAUGCCCUCCAGGGACACAGCGCAGAAGAUGGAGGGCAGCAAGCCUCCUCCCAAUAGUCCAGCACCUACUAAACCCACUGAAUCCCCAGCAAAUGAGCAACUUGGCCGCUUCCAGAGUUUUCGGAAAAAUAUUAUCAACUGCUUCAGAAGACUCUGCUGCUGUUGUGUCAUACCUCAUUAAGAAAACCUUAAGGAAAGUGGUUGUUCCAGCAUC